AUGGCUGUCUCCUCCGCGCCUCCCGUCAUCUCGGCAACUUCCAGCAGCGGCAGCAGCAGCGGCAGCGUGGGGGGCCCGGGGAGCUUGUUCCGGGCAGACCCCCUCUAUUCCUCCAGCCCCUCCGAGUCCCCCAGGCUCACCAACAGCCUGGUCAACAGUUUCCUGGCUUCCAGCGGCGGCGGUGCGGGCACGGGAGGCGGCGGAGGGGGUGGCAGCAACGAGUGUAAGAUGGUUGAUCUGCACGGGGUGAAGGUGGCUUCUUUCCUGGUGGAGGGGCAGGAGCUGAUCUGCCUGCCGCAGGUCUUUGAUCUCUUCCUCAAGCACCUGGUGGGGGGGCUGCACACGGUCUACACCAAGCUGAAGCGGCUGGAUAUAUCGCCCGUGGUGUGUACGGUGGAACAGGUCCGCAUCCUGCGGGGGCUGGGCGCCAUCCAGCCCGGCGUGAACCGCUGCAAGCUCAUCACCAGGAAAGACUUCGAAACUUUGUACAACGACUGCACCAACGCCAGCUCACGGCCAGGAAGACCCCCCAAGCGCUCUCUGGGAGUUGCAAUACAAGAAAAUGCACGUCUUCUGCCCCAUGGAGUCCCAGGCCUGUUAUCACCAGGACUUAUCUCCCCGACAGAUUUAAGAACUUUGUUUUUUCCUGAUGAAACCCAGAUAAAGUUUGCAAAGCUCAAGACUCUUCAAAUCCAAGGUCUAACAGCAGCUGCCAUGGCUGAGGCAAUGAAGUUACAGAAGAUGAAGCUUAUGGCAAUGAACAGCCUCCAUGGAAGUGGAAGCCAAAAUGGAACAGAAUCAGAGAAUGAAGAGCUCAAUUCUAAUGCAGGUGGGAGUGAAUCCUCCUGGGAUAAAGAGAAACUUCAGUCUCCUAUUACAACAGGAUCACAGCAUGGUGUUGGUCACGCCACGCUAUCAGGGCAAUCCAGCCUUGGGAGUGCACAUCCCCUCAGUCCUCUCCAGCAAAAUCACCUGCUCACCAACAGUACGUUUACUGUCCUUAUAAAUAGGAUAGAUCUGCCAUUUAUGAUGAUGCCCCAUCCUCUCCUCCCAGUCAGCCUACCUCCUGCUUCAGUUGCAAUGGCAAUGAAUCAGAUGAACCACCUCAAUACUAUUGCUAACAUGGCUGCUGCAGCCCAGAUGCAUAGUCCUCUUUCCAGAGCAGGGGCCUCUGUUAUUAAGGAGAGGAUUCAAGACAGCCCUUCUCCUGCUCCAUCUCUGGAAGAUAGUCAGAGGCCUGGGAGUCAUGCUUCUUCACAUCAGAGCAGUAGUGUGUCCAGCUCUCCAUCCCAACUAGACAACACACCAGAUAGAAUUGCUAUGCUGACCAACACCAGAGAAGGAGAACUCAUUGAUCAAGAUACUGGGACCAAUCUAAAAAAACUCCAAAAGGAGAAAGAAGAGGUCCAAAUUGCUAUUCCAAUAAUGAAACCAACCUUAGAUAAAGUCCAACUGGCUGGACAGACCUUGCCUCCUGGAUUCCCUGCACCAUUUCUUUUUGCUGAUGGUUUAUCAUCAGUAGAAACUCUAUUAACCAACAUUCAGGGUCUACUGAAAGUAGCUGUGGACAACGCACGAGUCCAGGAAAAACAGAUACAGCAGGAAAAGAAAGAGUUAAAGAUGGAGCUUUGUAGAGAGAGAGAACUGAGAGAGAGCUUAGAAAGGCAACUUACAGCUGAGCUGCAAAGCAGAGCAACAAUUCAAAAGCGCUUGAAGAAAGAGAAAAAAGCAAAGAGAAAAUUGCAGGAAGCCCUGGAGUUUGAAUCAAAGAGGAGAGAACAAGUGGAACAGGCACUUAAACAGGCCACGUCGGGUGAUGGUCUCAGGAUGUUAAAUGAAGCUGGAAUCCCAGACAUGGAAAUAGAACACAAUGGAACUCAACAUGACAGUGCAGCAAUGCAAGGUGCAGUAUACUUCACGCUGUUAUUUAAAAAUCUAUAA